AUGACUAGCCAGUUCGUCUCCCACCUGACGCAAUUCCCCCCUAAGAGGUAUGCUUCCUGCGCCUCUCGGAACUCCAUCUACCAAGUUCAGGACAUCAUCUCUGUCAUGGCUGCGAUUACCGCCGAGACCGAUCGCCUCUCCAAGACCCUAAUUGACCAUGGUUACGUCAUGUCCGAAUUUGGGGGCAUAGAUGAGGCCAUGAGGAUCCUUCCGGACUUGUCUGUCAAAAGGCGGGCGAUCCAGGAGGAGGCUGCACGGAGGGAGGCCCUCGUGGAGGCGAAGCUUCAGGAGGAGGCCAAGCAGAGGGAGGCCCUCGCGGAGGCGAAGCUUCGAGAGGAGGCUAGGCAGAAGGAGGCCGAGGUGGAAGCGAGGCACCAGGAGGCGCUGAAGGUGGAGGGUGAGGCCGCUGCCCGGGCUAGACGCGAGCUUCGCGAGGCUAGGGAGGCCAUGGACGAAAUGGUUGCCAAGGUGAAGUCCCUGGAGGAGUUGCACCAGGCGAACUUGGAGUCUAAGGCCAACCUGGCCGUGGAGUUGAAGGAGCUGAAGGACUUUAGAGACCAGGCCUUGAAGAAGGCUAAAAAAGAUGAGCUCCUGACCCCCGUCUCCUGCAAGCACUGCAUUAAGCGCUUCGACGACGGCGUCUAUAUGGCCUGGCAGUCAAAUGGCCAAAGUAUUAAGCUUGACUUCUAUCCCAAGCCUGAGGAGGCUCUUGCCAAAUUCCGGGAGAAGAAGAAGAGGCUUGAUGCUAUGCUUGAAGCUCGUCGUGGCCCUCGUCUUCCUCCUCGUAUUGAUUAG